UUUUAAUUUCGGUCAAAAUAUCUUAUAUUUUAGCGACUCUGUGACUAUGUUUGCGACUUACUUUUGGAAGAGUCUAAUGUUCAGCCAGUGUCCACACCAGUUACUGUUUGUGGGGACAUACAUGGACAGUUUUAUGACUUGGGUGAGCUGUUUAGAACCGGAGGUCCAGUUCCUGAUACAAAUUAUAUCUUUAUGGGUGACUUUGUGGAUAGAGGGUAUUAUAGUCUUGAAACUUUCACCUACCUCCUUGCAUUGAAGGCAAAAUGGCCUGAUCGCAUUACACUCCUCCGAGGAAAUCAUGAAAGCAGACAAAUCACCCAAGUCUAUGGGUUCUAUGAUGAAUGCCAAACAAAGUAUGGAAAUGCCAAUGCUUGGCGGUAUUGUACCAAAGUCUUCGACAUGCUCACAGUAGCAGCUUUGAUAGAUGAACAGAUCUUGUGCGUGCAUGGUGGACUUUCUCCUGAUAUCAAAACUCUUGAUCAAAUCCGAACCAUUGAGCGUAACCAAGAGAUCCCACACAAAGGAGCGUUCUGUGAUCUAGUAUGGUCAGAUCCGGAGGAUGUAGAUACGUGGGCCAUCAGUCCUCGUGGAGCAGGCUGGCUCUUUGGAGCAAAGGUUACAAAUGAGUUUGUUCACAUCAACAACCUGAAACUAAUCUGCCGAGCGCAUCAGUUAGUUCAUGAAGGAUAUAAAUUCAUGUUUGAUGAAAAGUUGGUGACUGUGUGGUCUGCUCCUAACUACUGUUACCGUUGUGGAAAUAUUGCAUCAAUCAUGGUCUUCAACAAUGUAAACUCAAGGGAGCCAAAGCUAUUUCGUGCAGUUCCAGAUUCAGAGCGUGUAAUUCCACCAAGAACAACAACGCCCUAUUUUCUUUAAAAUAUAUUUUGUUCUUGGUUAAAAACAAUCUUAAAAUAUAGUGUGCACAAUGGACUGUAAACAUGCAUUGUGUUGCGUAGUCAAGAUUCGAGAUGUAGAAUUUCAGCCAUUCUAUCAAAUAUAUUUUAAAUGCUAAAUUGAAUAAAGUGGUCUAAAGGGCUGCCUUUUUCUUUGUUUUUAAUGCUAGCAGAUAUUGAGAAACUGAUUUAUGUGCUCCAGUAAUUAAAACUUUGUACAUUAAAAUAAUUGUAUUGAUCAGUUUUCAAAUUUCAUUGUAUUUUAAUAUCGUAAUAUGGUGACAACAACCCUCAUAGGUUAAACUAUUGAAAAUAAACUGCUUUAUUAUUAACUCAAA